AUUUGAAAUCUAUGAGGCAUAUAUUUUCAGCACCCAAUGGUCAUCCACCCAAUUGAGAUAGACCUCUUUCAUUGAAUCAAUUAUUUCCCAGCUUCAAUCACUUCCAUAUAACUUAUUUCUUCUGAAUCUAAAAGCUUACAGAAAUCACAGUGAGAAGAAUAAAAUGCCUGGCGAUAACGCCGUCACCGUGCCGUUAUUAACAGACCAUUCCUCCUCCUCCGUCCAAAACAAAGGCAGUAAUAAUGCUUUUAGAGACGAAGAACAAGACGGAGAGAAAAAGUUAUCACGGAGAUUUUUGGUGGAAUCGAAGAAGCUGUGGCAGAUUGUGGGCCCCGCCAUCUUCAGCCGCAUCGCUUCUUAUUCCAUGUUCGUCAUCACCCAGGCCUUCGCCGGCCAUCUCGGCGAUCUGGAACUCGCCGCCAUGUCCAUCGCCAGUAACGUCGUUCUCGGCUUUGACUUUGGCCUCAUGUUGGGAAUGGCUAGUGCUUUGGAGACGCUAUGCGGGCAAGCAUUUGGGGCGAAGAAGUACAGCAUGUUGGGAAUAUAUCUGCAACGGUCAUGGGUGGUUUUGUUAAUAUUAUGCGUCGUGAUGAUGCCGCUAUUCUUAUAUGCGACGCCGUUGCUGAAGCUUUUGGGGCAGCCGGACGAUGUGUCGGAGCUUUCCGGCGUGGUGGUUGUGGCCUUCAUUCCGAUGCACUUCUGCUUCGCUCUGCAGUUCCCGCUGCAGAGGUUCCUGCAGAGCCAGCUGAAGAAUCCGGUUAUUGCCAUUGUGAAUUUGGUGGCGUUCAUUGUGCAUUGUCUGGUAAGCUGGUUGAUUGUUUACCGGCUUCGGCUCGGAGUCGUAGCCAUCGCCAUGACAUUGAACUUCUCUUGGUUCGUUAUCUUCUUUGGGCUGUUUAGCUAUGCCGUCUGCGGCGGGUGCCCGCUCACCUGGCCCGGUUUCUCCGUCCAAGCUUUCUCAGGUCUUUGGGAUUUCUUUAAACUCUCUGUUUCUUCUGGAGUCAUGCUCUGCUUGGAGAAUUGGUACUACAAAGUUCUGAUAGUGAUGACAGGCAACUUGGAAAACGCUAAAAUUGCUGUCGAUGCAUUGUCUAUUUGCAUGAGCAUUAAUGGCUGGGAACUGAUGAUUCCACUUGGAUUCUUUGCUGGAACUGGAGUAAGGGUGGCAAAUGAGUUGGGAGCUGGGAGUGGAAAAGGAGCUAAAUUUGCUGCAGUCGUAUCAGUGGUACAUUCAACUAUCAUCGGUUUGAUCUUUUGGGUGUUAAUCCUCAUCUUUGAUGACAAGUUUGCCCUAAUUUUCUCAUCAAGCAAACCUGUCCUAGAAGCUGUCAGCCACCUCUCAAUUCUCUUGGCUUUCACUAUUCUGCUCAAUAGCAUUCAACCAGUUCUAUCAGGAGUUGCUGUUGGAUCUGGAUGGCAAGCGUAUGUAGCUUACAUAAACCUUGGAUGCUACUAUUUACUGGGAAUCCCUCUUGGCAUUAUAAUGGGAUGGGUGUUUCACCAAGGCGUCAUGGGAAUAUGGGCUGGAAUGAUCUUUGGUGGAACUGCAGUGCAAACUCUAAUUUUGUGUAUAAUCACAUUACGUUGUGAUUGGGAAAAAGAGGCUCAGAAAGCAAAUCAACACAUUGAGAAAUGGGAAGGAGUAGGUCACAACGCAUAGUAGAAGUUUGGAAUUGGCAUUGUCGUAUAACUAUAAUAUGACAAAAGUUCACCUAAAUUUGUGUAUUUGGACGUUCAGUCUAAUGAAGAAAUGGAUUACCAUUCAUUUCAAGGAGGUUAAAAUGGUAUUUGUUUAGUGGCUUUGAUGCCUUGAUUGUUUAGGAAAGCAAUGGUAGGGCUUUCAAAAUCAGAGGUUGAAAACUGUGAUGAGAGCUUCAUAAACAAAUCAUCAAAAUUUUCAAUGUUGG